GAGUGGCUGGGCUCACCCCUGCCUGCCACCGAGACGCAGACAUGCACACACCACCCGCACUCCCUCGCCGUUUCCAAGGCGGCGGCCGCGUUCGCACCCCAGGGUCUCACCGGCAAGGGAAGGAUAAUGUAGCGGGGACUCAUCUCUGGAGAAGGAGUUCCUUGGGGCCCCAGUGGGGCCCUCGGUGAGCACCCCCAACAGCCAGCACUCUUCUCCCAGCCGCUCACUCAGUGGUAAGUGCAACUCCUGCCCUGCCCUGGCACUAGGCACCCUGUUUGUGUUUGGCCCUCAGUUCACCCUCCACUGGCAGCCAUUUCCCCAUUGCUGCCUCCCUCUGGUUUCCUGCAUACAGCCUCUAAAACACUAAGGAGUUCAGCAUCUAGGGUCCUUCUGACUUCUGGAAGGAGAGUGAAUGGUCUCUGCCAGACAAGGGUAGAAUUAAAAGAAGCACGGGUGGGAUUAAGCUAAAGUCUCCAAAGAGAAACCCUGGAGUUGGAGAAGCAAGGACAUAGGAAUGGUCACAAGCUAGAGUCAGUCAGGAAAUAGAGAUGAGAGGGAUCUUCUCAUCACCACCAACCCAGCCCCACCCCCAUUCUCCUGCCCGGACAGGGUCCCCAUUACUGCCUCUUCUAGCUGGCCCUAGAUCUGUGACAUUCUCUAAAUGGUUGGAAUAGCCAGGAAUGUAGGUCAGAGCUAGAGCCAAAGCUUACUCCUCAGUGGCUCCUCCCUCCUUCAUCCCCCUCUCCAGAUUUUAAUGGAGGGGAGUAGAGGGGGUUCACUCUUAUGGGGAGGGAGGAUAAUGUGAGCCAUGUCUGUCUUCCAGUUUUGCUCUCUCUUUAGCCUGCCGUCUCUUUGGUCUUCCUAGGACCAUUUUCCCGCCACUGUUACUUGCUGGCUUCCUGCCCAGGGCCAAGCCAGACGUCUUUCUUUAUGACAAGAGAGUGGAGAAAAAGGCUCUCCUUAGCCUCCUCCUCUCCCCAGUGGGACAGAAGACAUCCAAUGUACCCCAACUUCUUUCUCUUGAAGCCUAUUUGCCUGGGUGGUGAGAUAGAAGGAAAAGGUUGUUUCAGGUCCCAGCAGGAGUGCCAUAUUACCACCGAGGACACCGAGGGUAUUGGCCACUUUUAAAGCCCACGUGUCUCAGGGCCGGGAGAAAGCCUUCUGGACAUUGGGAGUGACCUUCUGGUCUGCGGGCAGGUUCCCCCCUUUGCCUGUCUCUGUCCUAAACACCAUCCCACCCUUCAGCCAACUCCAUCAAGGUGGAGAUGUACAGCGAUGAGGAGUCGAGCAGACUGCUGGGGCCAGAUGAGCGGCUCCUAGAAAAGGACGACAGUGUGAUCGUGGAAGACUCGUUGUCAGAGCCCCUGGGCUACUGUGAUGGAAGUGGGCCAGAGCCUCACUCCCCCGGGGGCAUCCGGCUGCCCAAUGGCAAGCUCAAAUGUGAUGUCUGCGGCAUGGUCUGUAUCGGACCCAAUGUGCUCAUGGUGCAUAAGCGCAGCCACACGGGUGAAAGGCCCUUCCACUGCAACCAGUGUGGCGCCUCCUUCACCCAGAAGGGGAACCUGCUGCGCCACAUCAAACUUCACUCUGGGGAGAAGCCUUUCAAAUGUCCCUUCUGUAACUACGCCUGCCGCCGGCGCGAUGCUCUCACUGGCCACCUCCGCACACACUCGGUCUCCUCUCCCACGGUGGGCAAGCCCUACAAGUGUAACUACUGUGGCCGGAGCUACAAACAGCAGAGUACCCUGGAGGAGCACAAAGAGCGGUGCCACAACUACCUACAGAGUCUCAGCACUGAAGCCCAAGCUCUGGCUGGCCAAGCAGGUGAUGAGAUACGUGACCUGGAGAUGGUGCCAGACUCCAUGUUGCACUCGUCCUCUGAGCGGCCAACCUUCAUUGAUCGGCUGGCCAACAGCCUCACCAAACGCAAGCGUUCCACCCCCCAGAAGUUCGUAGGUGAAAAGCAGAUGCGUUUCAGCCUCUCAGACAUCCCCUAUGAUGUGAACUCGGGUGGCUAUGAGAAGGAUGUGGAGUUGGUAGCACAUCAUGGCCUGGAGCCUGGCUUUGGAGGUUCUCUGGCCUUUGUGGGGGCAGAGCAUCUGCGUCCCCUCCGCCUUCCACCUACCAAUUGCAUCUCAGAACUCACACCCGUCAUCAGCUCUGUCUACACCCAGAUGCAGCCCCUCCCCGGCCGACUGGAGCUUCCAGGGUCCCGAGAAGCAGGUGAGGGACCCGAGGACCUGGCCGAUGGAGGUCCCCUCCUCUACCGGGCCCGAGGCCCCCUGACCGACCCUGGGGCAUCCCCCAGCAAUGGCUGCCAAGACUCCACAGAUACAGAGAGCAACCACGAAGAUCGGGUUGGGGGGGUGGUAUCCCUCCCUCAGGGUCCCCCACCCCAGCCACCUCCCACCAUUGUGGUGGGCCGGCCCAGUCCUGCCUACGCCAAAGAGGACCCCAAGCCGCAGGAGGGGUUACUACGGGGCACCCCAGGCCCCUCCAAGGAAGUGCUCCGGGUGGUGGGCGAGAGUGGUGAGCCUGUGAAAGCCUUCAAGUGUGAGCACUGCCGAAUCCUUUUUCUGGACCAUGUCAUGUUCACCAUCCACAUGGGCUGCCAUGGCUUCAGAGACCCUUUCGAGUGUAACAUCUGUGGUUACCACAGCCAGGACCGGUACGAAUUCUCUUCUCACAUUGUCCGGGGGGAGCACAAGGUGGGCUAGCCACCUGCUGCCCUCCCCUCAGUCUGCCACUCCACUGCCCUGCCUACACGAGUCUAGCUCUGUCCCCACUACAUCCCAAGGAGUUUUGCUCGGUAGCCCCCACCACUGGCUACCUGACUUCAUACUUGACCCUGACCCCUCUUCACCUAUUCUCCUCUACCCUGACUGAUUUAAGCAUUGUGAUGAAACAGGCUUUUUUGCUUACAUUUCUCCUUUUCCUCUUCUCCUCUCAUCCCAGCAUAUUCAGAGUUAUUUAUUAAUACAAUUUGUGGAUGUUUCUUUUGCUUUUUUCUCUUAACUUGUAUCAGUCGCUUGCCACUUCCCCCACCCUCCUGCCCACAGUCCCUUUCCACUUUAGACCUCAUUUUUUUUUUUCUUUGAUCCAGCUUUCUCUAACAGCCCUAGGGGUAGGAAGCUCCUCUUAGUCCUAAGAGUUCUGAGCUUCUUGUGUUAAUUCCUCACCUUUUGCUUUAUCUGAUUCUUCAGUUUUGAUGCUGAUAGCUCCCUCUGGCCCUCUGUUUGCUCUGUGGCAUUAUAUCUCCUCUCUGGGACCCUCCAACCUGGUACUCCAUACCUCUUGUGCCCUCUCACUUUAGGCAGCUUGCACUAUGCUUGAAAAAAUGAAGCUUUCCUCAUUUGGAAGUAGGAGGGGCUGAGGAAAUUCUCCCCAGGCACUGUGGGACUGAGGGUCCUCUUGAUGUUCCCCUAGUAACAUGAGUUCCCCAAAGCCCACAUUCGGGAAUCUCCCUCUGGGAUGUGAUCUAUCUCUUCUCUCCUCAAACAACCCCCAACACAGCUACUCUCUUCAACCUCCUCGUCUACUCAGUGGUGGUUUUUCUCUCCUUGGAGUGCCCCAAUUUUAUAUUCUCAGGGGCCAAGGCUAGGUCUGCAAUCCUGUCUCUGACACGUUGGGAGCCACAGGUGCCUAAUUGGGAACCAGGGCAUGGGAAGGGGGUGGUUUAAAAUUCUUCUCUUUCUCUUCCACCUCUAAACUUCUUCACUCUAGUGACCUUCCUAGGCUCUCAGGGGCUCCUACAGUCCUUGUCCUAUGAGAAACUAGUGGGUUGCUGCCUGAUGACAAGGGGCAUCUCAACCCCUCAGUCAUGCUGCCUUCUUCUUCUCCCCGCAACCCCCUGCAAGAUUCACCCUCAUUCCCAGGCUUCUGGGCCCUGUUCUUAAGAUCAGUGGCAGGGAGAAAAGGGUGUCUCUUUUCUCUCUUCUAAUUUUCAGUAUAACCAAAAAAUUAUCCCAGGAUGAGGAAGGGCAUUUGCCCCUCACCUUAUUCCAUUCUUGUCCCGGCAAGAAUGGGAUGGGCACAACUGAACUGGGGGUCAUCCUUUACUGCCCCCUUCUAUACUCAGUUCCCAGAUGUAGGGCAGGAGGGGGCACUCUCCUCCUGGCUACAGCAGAGACCCCCUGGCUUUUUGGGUAACCUAGUUAGUGAGAAGGGGGCAGGAGGAGAUAGCUCUACUGCAAGUGGAGGUCUCUUUCUACAAGCGUUUUCUGCCCCCAGGCCACAGCUAUCCCAUUCUCUGCUUCCUUGAGAUUCAAACCAAAGGCUGUUUUUCUAUAUUUAAAGAAAAAAAGAAAAAAAAGAAAGUAAAAACCAAACACAACACCUCACAAGUUGUAACGCUUGGUCCUCUCUCUCUCUCCUUUUCUCUUCCCUUCCAUCUUUCUUUCCAUAUGUCCUUUCCUUAUUGGCUCUUUUGCCUCCUACUUUUCUCACUCCCUAUCAGGGAUAAUUUAGGGGGAUGGUGAAGGGUUGGCUAAGGAACAGACCCUGGGAUUGGGGCUCCAAAGGGCUCUAAGAAGAGUCUACCUUACCCUCUUAUGGGAAGGGAGACCCUAGAAAAACUUCUCCUCUUUUUCCUCCUUUUUCUCCCCCAUUAUGUAGUCUCCCUGAGAGAACCAGAUUGUCAGGAAGGGGCAUUGUGGGUUGAUUGUUCCUCCCAAUGUAGCAAUAAACAGAUGCUGCCAAGGGCAGAGGAUGGGGGAGUUAACUGGAAGGAGAGUGGUCUCUAGAUAAGGGGAGAGUCUUCUCAACAGCACCCUAGGGAACUGGCUCCUUGUUUCAGGAUGGCAGCAGAGCUGAGAUUAAUAUCUAGGGUUCUCCUCAACUGUUCUGGUUAUUGAGCCCCUUCCUGUUAAACUUACCCCUCACCACCUCUUCUGCGUCUGCUGUGUACUUGGUGACACCUCAUAAGGACUAGUCCCUUCUGAGGCGUCAGAGCCUUAGGGUGCCCCCAUCCCCUCCCCCAGUCAGCUCUGGCACCUGUAACCUCCUGGAACAUGAAGGACUAUGCUCUGAGGCUAUACUCUGAGCCCAUGAGAGCAGAGACUGGAAGGGCAAGACCAGGUGCUAAGGAGGGGAGAGAAGGGCACUCUGUCUCUCUCCAGACCAUCACUGCACUUUAACCAGGGUCUUAGGUACAAAAUCCUACUUUCCAGAGCCUUCCAACUCUGGAACCUCAAACAUCCUCAUGCUCUCUCCCAGCUCCUUUUGCAUAAAAAAAAAAAAAAAAAAAAAAAGUAAAGAAAAAGAAAAAAAAACCCACAUUGAAACCCACAUGGAGAAAAGAGGUGUUUUCCUUUUAUACUGAUAUUCAAAACCAACACCACACACAAAAAAUUUCUAAAUAGACACUUUUCCAGACCUUUGUUUUUUUUGUGUCAGUGUCCAAGCUGUGGAUGGGAUUUUGUAAUACUUCCAGCAGCUUCUUUCUUUGUGUACAUAAUAUAUAUAUAUUAUAUAUAUUUUUAAUCAGAAGUUAUGAAGAACAAAAAGAAAAAAAAUAAAACACAGAAGCAAGUGCAAUACCACCUCUCUUCUCUUUCUCUCCCAGGGUUUCAUUUGUAGCCUAUGCUUGGUGUCUCCUUGGACCUUACCCUUUCACCUCCUCCUCUUCCUUUGGUUUCCUCCAACCCCCUUUUUUAAAGAGUUUUUCUCCUUUCUCAAGGGGAGUUAAACUAGCUUUUGAGACUUAUUGCAAAGCAUUUUGUAUAUGUAAUAUAUUGUAAGUAAAUAUUUGUGUAACGGAGAUAUACUACUGUAAGUUUUGUACUGUACUGGCUGAAGGUCUGUUAUAAAUAAACAUGAGUAAUUUAACACC